AUGUUCACCGAAAAGCAAUCGAAAUUCCAAUCUUCCGGCAAAUCUCGCCAUUUCUCAACGACUAGAAGAACUGCUUUUGACCACAAUCCCUCCAAGCGUCGAAAGCUAGCAAAAUUCGCUGAAACAAUCGGUCCUCCAACUAAAAUCCAACAGACUAGCCGGAAACGGAAACAAGCCUACUCCACCGAAAUUUGGUCAAUUCACGAUUUCCUGGCAAAUCUCGCCAAUCUCCACGACUAG